AUGCCUGAGUGCUCAUUGGAACAGGAAAUGGACCGGCGACCGCGAUUUAUGCUGUGCAGUCCGACAUUUAUAGGCUUGUCAUCCCUGCCUCAACACCUCGCACAAACUUACAUCAACGAGGUUGCUAAAACAAUUGAAGACCAACUUGACUGGAUAAUUUUGAACACAUGUGAACUUUACCACAAUUCAACAAUGACCUCCAAAAUUGCGAGUUGCUUACUUAUAGUGUUAGUAAAUGUAUAUUCCACAUCGAGUCAAGCAAACACUACAACAGCACCAACAAAUUAUAGGCCUAUCACAAACUCUACAACUUAUAUAAGCACGAUUAAUGCACAAACAACCGGUCUAAAUACCUCAGGUCUAAAUGCGACCACUACAGAUGUAGAAGAAUACAGUAAAACUGGGAUUGAAACUCAAUCACCUCAAACCAGCAUUGCGUCUGUGACGAUGUCUAAUUUGUCCACAUCUGUGAUGACUUCUGGUUCACAAACACCUGCGCCGAGUUCUGAUUCAACACCGACUUUCAUAACCACAGAGUAUAAAACCACUCAGUCUCCGCUAAUCAGCAGUAAGUUGCCGGCACCUGCUCCGAGGUCUGAUUCAAUACCGACUUUAAUAAACACAGGGUAUGAAACCACUCAGUCUCCGCUAAUCAGCAGUACGUUUACGACGUCUGAUUCACAAACAACUAAUUUGACCCCAAGUGUAUCAACGACUACGGAUAAGCCGAAGACGACGUUUAAUUUUAACACAACCAGAAAUGAAACCCCAAAUAUGCUUGAGAUUCAACUAAAAGAAGCAUAUAUAAAAAGUUUUUUAAAUAUGAGUUUAUCUGUCAAGUGUGAUGACACAAUAUGUGAUAACAGGCAGGAUUCAAACCUGCGACCCCUCGCUGUCAAGUAUGAAUGCAGUACACGACCUAAACUUAAUCUCCCAGCAACAGACGACACUCAAAAUGGUCUCACCAACGAUUGUCUAGGUAAAGAGUUAGAACCAACUGAUGUCAACGUUAGCGAGGCGAGUUUCAAUACAAACGAACAAGAACAGUCGAUUGAACAAAGCGAUGAAACACCACCUACCCCAAUAGAGCGACCACUGGAAACAUUUCCACUACCUGUUCAAAAAAAUGUUUACGUUGACCUGACUGAAACAACUAGAGACCCUAUAUAUGUUAAUAAAUCUGCUGAAGUUAUGAGACCUGGUCGUCCAGGUACUUAG